UUACUUUUAAAGCCACGCAGUAUACCGGAACUGCACUUGCCGAGAAAGUCGCCUUCGACAGGAAUAUACCAGAUAACGUUGAGGGCGUGAAACUACGCACGGGGAAGCGCGGUGCGCAAAGCGAAUGAAACCUCACCGAUAAUCGAAGAUACGCCGCAGCUGAGAAAACAUGACCAGCGCUGUCCUGCGUACCGUCGUCCUCGCCGGCCUGAUGGGAGCGGUCACGCUCGGCCAACAGACCUGCGCUCCACCGUCCACGUCGUGGGCAGGCCGCCGAGUCGUAGACUUGUCCUUCAGCUACAACGACCGCACCGUCUACUGGGACGACGACGGACGCUUUCGCAUCAACGCCACCGUGCAGUCGAACGAUGUCGAGGACUGGGUAUUGAUUGACGAAAUCUCGACACCCACGCACGGGGGCACCCACAUGGACGCACCGCGGCACUUCAACAAGCUCGGCUGGUCCGCCUCCGAGAUACCGCUCGACCGACUCCUCAUGGUGCCCAUCGCGCUCAUCGACGUUCAGCAGGAAGCGGCGCGCAACGCCAGCUACCUCAUGCCCACCGCCGAGGUCCUUCGGUGGGAGGCGCAGAACGGCCCACUGCCGCCCAACUGCCUGCUUCUCAUCCGCUCCGGAUGGUCCAAAUACUACAACAACCGGAACGCUUUCUACGGCCUGGACCAGUACGGCCUGCGCCAUUUCCCUGCCAUCGAACCGGCAGCCGUGGAGUUCCUCACCCGGCAGCGCAGCGUGGCGGGCGUCGGCAUCGAGACGGCUUCGGUGGACUUCUAUGGCGUGACGCGGUCGCACCACUUGCUGGCGGCCGCUAACGUGUACAUCCUGGAGAACCUGGCCGACUUGAGCCUCGUGCCUCCGGUCGGCGCCCACGCCAUUGUGAUGCCCAUGAAGAUCGACGGCGGCGGUGGCGCGCCCACACGAGUCGUUGCGCUGCUGCCUUGAAAUGACGAGCGAACGUUUCUUUCCACAACGUGUUUUGCAUGGUACAUCUGAAAAUUCAUGCAGUAUAUAUAGUGUAAAUCAAACGAGUUACGCUCGUUGUUCAAAUGGUGUCACUCCGUUCAUAACAACUUAAGCUCCGAAAAUGUGUGCAUAUUCAAAUUACUGUGGUAUCUGCCUAAUAAUUGACCUCUCAAAUUAUCUUAGCUCAUUCUUCCCAGGGACUUGGAAGCAGUACUUAGGGUGGUGCGUUCCUCAAUAUGGGCUCAGAUAACUAUGUUCCCAAGUGACUAUCCCAAGUCCUGUUCCAGUCCUGAUGUGGACGGCAAAGGUUUCGAGGAGGCGACAUGGAAGUCUACAACGACGCAGGCUAACCUGCUGUCUGCUGAUACAGCAAGUGCUAUACUAUGAAGAGCAGCAGGAUGGUGCGGAGUCAAGGGAGCACGGCUAAUAAGACUUACGAUUGUGUGGAAGGCCUGUAUGCGUGGCCGGUGUGUGAAACCAUAACGGCGAGCACUAUUUAGGCUGAAGAGGAAAGCGCAUGCUUAGAAAAAAAAAAAAGGACGUGUAGGAGUUAUGAGAAUGAACAGGAAUUUCUUACGUUGUAUGCAAUGACGCAUAUUAAAUAACGCCAUAGCUUGAAAUAAAAAGUGAGCAAAAUAAGAAAAAAUUAACUUUCAUUGGUUUUCUGAAAAAGAAUUCUGUUGCACUUACUUCACUGAUUGCAUUGGAGUCACAAAUUUGAUGCCAAGGGUGAACCAUCUCUAGGCGGGUUCGUGUUCUAAUAUGCUUGCUGGUGCAGCGAAGAAGCUGUCUUAUAACACGAAACAGCUUUGCUUGCUGGAACGAUUUGGAACACACGUUACGUAAGCGUUGCAAGGAAUCAGUAGCAUGGCCAUGUCAGAAAAUUUUUAGAACUCUUCUGUUUAACACUGGCCACGGGCUACAUGCUUCAAAUUGAAAUUGUCACGUAAGUGCACUGCUUUCAUUAUUUAGUUAACUGAUUAGCGCUAAGAGCUGACAUGUAUCUUCACGAACACCACUGGGAUUCAGGUGAAACUUAUGCAACUGUGCUGCUGUCUUGAAUACCCUAAUUUUAGAAAUUUUAGGAACCAUCACAUGUAACACAUUAUCACAAAUACAUAUUACCCGUUUAACGGCUAAGCUUCGUUUAAUUAACUUGCGACGCAUGCGAAAUGCCAUCAUCAUGACACUGAGAACCCACGGCAUCGG